GAAGAAGACAAAGUAAGCGCUCGCUAAGGCAGACCGAUUCGAAAUCGAUGCGGUCUUCUUGACUUUAUGUCACGUCACGACGCCACACCACACCGCACCACUGGCGCUUUCUCCGGUUCGGUUCGGUUCGGUUGGCUUAUGGAAUUAAACGGUGACGUUUUAGUCGGUCAUCCACACUGUGACUAUUUGGCGGGCUCAUCCAAAAGCCAAUACCGUCGAUAUGACCUCCGUAAAGCCGCCUAAAGCAGCAAAAUGACGAGCAAAAGGAAAAGGGGAGAAGAGGGCAUGGGAGAAGGAGAGAUCGUAUGGCAAACCCCAGCCAAUGCCCCUCAACGAUGCGAUUACAUAUUUCACAAUGGGAGGCGGCACGUUAGACCUUACUACUUCGAGUUCAUUGCCCAUGUUAAGAAUCGAUGGGCCGGCAAAUCCAUUGUCGACUUGUUUACUGAAGAGUUUAAAGGCCGACCAUACGAGUACUAUAUUGAUGCAGUCAAAUGUGGUCGAAUACAAGUCGAUGGGGAGAUGGUGCCUACAUCAUAUAUAGUUAAAACAUCUCAAAAGAUAAGCCAUUUCCUGCACAGGCAUGAACCGCCUGUAAUGGCUUUGGAGGUGAAAAUUCUCAAAGAAGAAGCAGAUGUGCUGACGGUUUACAAGCCUGCGUCUGUUCCAGUUCAUCCAUGUGGUCAAUAUAGGAAGAACACCGUUGUUGGCAUACUUCAGGCAGAGCAUGGUUUGGCACCUCUAUUUCCUAUACAUCGACUAGACCGUCUUGUCUCAGGACUUCUUAUCAUUGCUAGAAAUGCAUCGAAAGCUGAUCUUUUCAGACAACAGAUUGAGUCUGGGCUGGUGAAGAAACAGUAUAUUGCAAGGGUGGUGGGUAUGUUUCCAGAAGAAGAGCAAGUGGUCGAUGUUCACAUAAACUACAAUGCUCGAGAGGGAAGGAGCACAGCGGAGAUGGUUGAUUCUUGCAUGGAUACUAUGGCGAAGGGGAAGGCCGCUCAAACAAAGUUUACUUGCAUCAGUUCCGAUGGAGUCCAUAGCAUUGUUUUAUGUGAACCGGUCACUGGACGAACUCAUCAAAUCCGUGUGCAUUUGCAGUACACAGGGUAUCCUAUUGCCAACGAUGCACUGUACCUUACAAAAGUAGCUUCUGGUCGCUCCGUGGAAAAAACAACUGCAGAUAGAGCUGCUGCGAUAUCUGCGUGUUCUACAGCACAUGAUAUUGAAGAAGAUUGUGUUAGUGCACGCAAAGAAAACUCAAGUGAAGAUUUUAGCAUUGACCCCAUGUGCACAAACUGUCCAAAUUUGGCUCCAAAAGGAUAUGACGGAGAAGAAGAGGGAUUGUGGCUGCAUUGCGUUCGGUACUCCGGACCAGGAUGGAUCUACGAAUGCCCAUAUCCAGAAUGGGCUUCACUUAAAUAGACUUCGUAUGAAAAGUGUAUUUUUGGAUUCAAGUUUGAGAAGGCUGAAUGUGGGUAUGAAUAUGAUUCUUCGUAGAGGACCCAGUUUUUGGGAUAUUUGUGUUUAUUAUGAAAAUGAUGAAAAUGAAGUGGGAGAAAUUAUGUGGAA